AUGGCGUUGCUCGUAGAGAAGACGUCGAGUGGCCGUGAGUACAAGGUCAAGGACAUGUCUCAGGCCGAUUUCGGUCGUCUCGAGCUCGAGCUCGCCGAGGUCGAGAUGCCCGGACUCAUGGCUUGCCGUACCGAAUUCGGCCCAGCUCAGCCAUUCAAAGGCGCCAGAAUCACCGGAUCCCUCCACAUGACCAUCCAAACCGCCGUCCUCAUCGAAACCCUAACCGCUCUCGGCGCCGAGGUCAGAUGGUGCUCCUGUAACAUCUUCUCCACUCAGGACCACGCCGCCGCCGCAAUCGCUCGUGACUCCGCCGCCGUUUUCGCCUGGAAGGGAGAGACGCUUCAGGAGUACUGGUGGUGCACGGAGCGCGCUCUUGACUGGGGUCCAGGUGGUGGUCCAGAUCUCAUCGUUGAUGACGGUGGUGACGCGACGCUUUUGAUCCACGAGGGUGUUAAAGCCGAAGAGAUCUUCGAGAAGACUGGUCAGGUCCCAGAUCCGACUUCCACUGAUAACCCUGAGUUCCAGAUCGUCCUUUCGAUCAUCAAGGAAGGUCUUCAAGUUGAUCCUAAGAAGUACCACAAGAUGAAGGAGAGACUCGUCGGUGUUUCUGAGGAAACCACCACCGGUGUCAAGAGGCUUUACCAGAUGCAGGAGAGUGGUGCUCUUCUCUUCCCCGCCAUUAACGUCAACGACUCCGUCACCAAGAGCAAGUUCGACAACUUGUACGGUUGCCGUCACUCUCUACCUGACGGUCUCAUGAGAGCCACCGAUGUCAUGAUCGCCGGAAAGGUUGCUGUUAUCUGUGGAUACGGUGAUGUUGGAAAGGGUUGUGCCGCCGCCAUGAAAACCGCUGGUGCUCGUGUCAUCGUGACUGAGAUCGAUCCCAUCUGUGCUCUCCAGGCUCUGAUGGAAGGACUUCAAGUUCUGACCCUCGAGGACGUCGUCGCAGAAGCUGACAUCUUCGUCACCACCACCGGUAACAAAGAUAUCAUCAUGGUUGACCACAUGAGGAAGAUGAAGAACAACGCCAUCGUGUGCAACAUUGGCCAUUUCGACAACGAGAUCGACAUGCUCGGGCUCGAGACUUACCCAGGAGUGAAGCGUAUCACCAUCAAGCCACAGACUGACAGGUGGGUGUUCCCAGAGACCAAGACCGGAAUCAUCGUUUUGGCUGAAGGUCGUCUGAUGAACUUGGGAUGUGCCACUGGUCACCCGAGUUUCGUCAUGUCUUGCUCCUUCACCAACCAGGUGAUUGCUCAGCUUGAGCUCUGGAACGAGAAGUCGAGCGGCAAGUACGAGAAGAAGGUGUACGUUUUGCCAAAGCAUUUGGAUGAGAAGGUUGCUGCGCUUCACUUGGGCAAGCUUGGAGCUAAGCUCACUAAGCUUUCAAAGGACCAGUCUGACUACAUCAGCAUUCCCAUUGAAGGACCUUACAAGCCUGCUCACUACAGGUACUGA